AUGAUCGGAGAGAAGAAAGUAGAGCAUGACGAAAUAAAAAGACUAGCUGGUGAUACGCCACUUAUUACCAUUCUUAAAUUAAUGAUUGGCCCAUUAGCUUCCCAAAUAACUAGUGCACUUUAUGGAAUCAUUAAUUCAAUUUGGAUAUCAAAAUACAUUGGAGAAACUGGAACAUCAGCUGUUGCUACAGAUAUUGCAUGGGAAUACAUUGCGAGAGGUUUUGGUUUAUUCUUACUUUGUGCAGCAAGUACACAAAUCAGUGCUUUAUUUGGUAAAAACGAAUAUCAGGAAGCAGAACAAGUUAUAUGCGAUAUUAUUCGAGUUUCCUUAAUCUGCGGCGCUAUUGUCCCAGCAAUUUUAUUACCAAUCAACAAACCAUGCUCAAAAUGGUAUGGAGCAAGUGACGUUGUGAUGAAUAAUGCAUACGAAUACAUUCUACCUCAGUGCGUAGGUAAUACAUUUACAUGUUUAUUCCUCGGAUGCUGUGGUUUCUUGCAGGCAGAAGGUAGAACUUUAUUGGUCGGAAUCAUUGAUUUAGUUUCAAUGGGAAUAGAUAUGGGACUUCUUAAUCCAUUGUUCCUCGGUUACUUUAAACUUGGAAUGAAAGGUCCUUCAAUAAGCACAAUUAUAUGUGAUGGAGUUCCCGGAAUAACUUUAAUGAUUUUAUACUUCUGUGGCGUUUUCAACGUGAAACCUAAAGUCUCUGGACUGUUAAAACCGUUCUCAAAGCACACAUAUCAGGCUCUGUGUGUCGGAAGUUCACAGCUCAUGCUUCAGAUCUUCAUGAACAUUCCAGGUAUAGUUGUGAGAAAGCUAAUAGGUGACUCUGUUUCAACACAAGAUGAAUACGAGUAUGCUAUGGCUGGUUUCAAUGUUUUAUGCAGAUUCAAUGCAUUCACAAACUGCAUCAUCAUAACAUUAUGUUCAGGUUAUCUUCCACCUGCUUCAUAUGCAUAUGCUGCAAAGCUUUACAAGAGAUAUAUUGAUCUGACAAUCCAUUUGAACUCAAUUUCUUUGAUUUGGUGUACAAUCACAACAGUGUUGUGCUUUGCAAUUCCAACUCAAAUAUCGAGUUUAUUUGGAUCAGGAAAUAGAUACUUUUACUAUGCAAACGGUAUGCUGAUGAAAGGAAACUAUUGCACAAUUAUUCUUUUCACUAGGUUGACAUUUCAAUCUAUUUUACAGUCUCAGCAAAAUGGAAUUCGAGCCAUGAUAAUUUCGUUUAUAUCAAACUUUUUUAUUGUUAUCAUAUUCAUGUAUGUUCUUUAUGUAACAAAUAAGCAUAAUGCUCCAAGAAUAAUGAUUGUUUAUCCCAUUUCCUAUGCAAUUGGAUGUGUCUUAGGAAUUGGAUUACUAUUGAAACCCUUUUCAGAAAUAGUCGUCAAAUCCAAGAAGGAAGGCUAUACCGAAAUAUGA